AUGAAUAGACAUAUUUUACUCUUACUUUUUUUAUUUGUGGCCCUUGAUAAUUGUGUCAAAUUCCCAAUUAAAUAAAGAUGCCAAUGUAGCGAAUAUGAUACCCUAUUUUGUCCUGGUCCACCUUUUUGCUCUAUAAAUGGAUCCAAUUGUGAAGAAUUUCAGUGCAAAUAUACAAAUGAACUAUAUUGUACUCCAUUUGAUACCUUAAAUCGUUGUAAAUGGAAUCAAAGUACAAAUUCUUGUGAAAAUUAUACCUAUCAAUGUACUGAAUUGACAACUUAUCAAUCAUGCCUUGGACAAUUUAUAGGAGUAUAUUAAGAAAUAGAAUGUAUGUGGUAAGAUAAUUAAUGCAAGCCACAAGACUGUACUUAGAUCAAUAAUUGCGAUUCUUUAAGCUGCUCUAUGUCUACAUAAGGAUGCGGCAAAAAAAUAGAAAAUUUAGACUGUUCAUCUUAUACCCCUGAAACUUGUUAUAUUACAGAUGGAUACGGAAACAGCUGUCAUAUAGAUAAGGACUUAAAAUGCAAGAAAUAUAGUGCCCUUCCAAUUUGUUCAGAAUUAGAAGAAUAGAUGCCUGAUAAAUAAUCUGCAAUUUCUUUUUGUAAUGGAUUUUGCUAUUAUGAUAUUAAUUCAUAAUAGUGUAUACCAAAAGAGUGCAGCUAGAUCACUUAAGAAUCAGAAUGUACUAAUUAUAUCUACGAUAUUCCAAAUGAGUUAUUCAUACCAUGUAUUUGGUCGAAUAGUAAAUGCAAUGAAGUCAGUGAGAAAGAUUUUGAAACUUUUGAUCUUCAUAAGUGUUUUUAAUUUGGAAUGACUCAUUAUACAUGGUAACCUUCUACCUCAAAAUGUAAAUAAUGUAGUCUUGUGGAUAGAUUUAAAUAAAACCCAUCAGAAAACCCAAAUAGUGAUUCCAAAGAUUAAAAUAAUGGAAUUUCAAUAUUAUAAUGGGCUUUGAUGUGGAUUGCAACUCAAAUAUGA